UUUGUGAUGCACAGAAGAUAUUGCAGUUAUUUUGAAGACUUACUUGCCAAGAAAAUCCUGUGGUUGGUUAAUACCUUCUGUCUCCAGUUUUAGGGAUGCGUGGUUUUGCUGGUUUCUGCAUCAGAGGAUUCUGAUGCUGUGGGGGCAGGCUGGACUGGGAGAGUCACCCGUCAGGUUGCCUCAUCUGCCUCGCAGACAGCUCUGGAUCCAGAAAACAAGAAGCUCCAUAAUAAGACAAGUAAGAGAAUAGCCACUGGGAAAUGAAAACAAUUGUCCUCUGAAGUAGGAUCAAACUUCUGCACAAAGGACAGUAUGAUCAUGAAAGAGAUUUUCAUCCUUCUGCUGAAUCUGAAUCUGGUCUUCAGUGUCCAAGCCAUUCGAGAGAGCAUCCCUAUGAAGAGCUUGAGCUGUUACAACGACUACAACUCACAGGUGACCUGCACAUGGAUGGAGCAUUCAGAGGCUCAUGCCCUCGUUGGUAUGAUUCUUUACCAAAGGGAUGAUAUUACGGAGGAGAACAAGGAGAUGUUUUGCAAACACCAGGCAGAAAAUGACUUACGUGAAGCUUCAGACUCCUAUGUGCACUGGGUUUGUCACAACACUACAGAUGGUUUUGGAAUAGGAUUAGAUUAUGUUUACGGCUUCAAACCUAACAAGAUACUUCAAGCAGAACUAAGUGUUGAUCUUUUCCAAAAUGUUCAGACCCCCCCACCUCAAAACCUCUCGGUCAGCUUGAUGACAUCAGGAGACUUCUUGCUGACCUGGAAAGCAGCUGAUGGAAGCCAAGGGCUGAGCAGUGCCCUGGAGUAUGAAGUCACUUACAAGCGGGAGUGGGAGUCCUGGGAGAAAGCUGCCUCCCUCUUGCUCUCCAACACCACAAGUUGCCAUCUCCACCACAAGGGCCUUCUCCCAGGAAGCAGCUACGUUGCCCGCGUGCGAGCCAGACCGGGGCAGGCCAGUGGCUUCUCUGGGCAGUACAGCGAGUGGAGCACGGAGGUGUCAUGGCAGACCCCUGAAGGUGGCCUUCAUCCCAGCAACCUUCGCUGCCUCUUCAAUGGUGCAGAUCAUCUGACGUGCAGCUGGGAAGUGAAGAAAGUGAUCGCCACCUCUGUCCUCUUUGGCUUGUUCUUCAGGGCCACUCCAGCAUCAGCAGAAGAGGAGUGUUCUCCUGUGCACGAGCAGACUUUGCCUCAUGUUCCAUAUGUGGUCCAGAGCUGCACAAUCCCUGUUAACAACUCCAGCAGUCAGAGACGGUACCGUGUGUCUGUCCGGGCCAAGACAGAGGAGAAGCUGACUGAAUCCCACAAGAACAUUAAGGUGCUGCCACCCAGAAAUGUGUCAGUAACAGUGACAGAGAACCAAGAGUAUGAACUGAGGUGGAUAAAACACGCUUUCAACUAUGACUUCAUAAAACAGAGAUACCAAGUUGAGUACUGGAAAAACAACCAAUACGAGAAGACAGCCGAGAGGUUAAAUAUCAUCAAUGAUGAACCUCCCUUCAUCUUCACCGGGCAGAUGUUGGCAUCAUCUACAGAAUACAGGGGGAAAAUGCGGGCGAGGGUGAAUACGCCUGUGGAAUAUGAGGGGCCUUGGAGUGAAUGGAGUGAGGAAUUCACCUGGAAGACAGAGAAUGUUUCAGUUCUGCCACCAGUGGUUCUCCCAGCGAUGCUCCCAGCUCUCAUCAUCAUCUUACUUAUAGUUGCUUAUUGCAGCUAUAGGUAUUUCCUCAGGAAGAAGCAAAUGUGGGAGGAAAAGAUUCCGAACCCCAGCAAGAGUCUCCUGAUCCAGAGCUACCUGGGGAAAGUACAUUUAGGAAACUGGCCAACAAGCAGCCUGCUGGACUUCAACAAAUACAACUUUUCUGAGAAGAUGGAGCAGGCUAGCUUCCUUCAAGUUGUGGGCAGGCAGACAAAGACUUUGGCAGAGUCCUCUGAAGGGCAGGCUAAAAAGAUGGAUGUUUCCCCUGUUGCACUGGACCUACAGAACUCAUACCAUGCUUUAAAUGAGCUAGAGCAUGCCCCAGUUGUCUGCUCAAGUCGGAUUGCUGGUCAUUCCCUUCCUGUUUCAAGGAGAAACAGUGCUGAUGCAAGUAUUGCUUCCCAGAUGGCAGUCCCUUGCUUUGCUUUCAACGGUCCAUACAUAUACAGCCCAGUGGUGUCCUCCCUGCCUGAUGUGCAUCAGACCUUGGAAGUGGACCCAGUGGGAGUCCGUGAGAAGUCAGUUUCCCUUCAGUAUGUGACCCUCCCAAAGGAAGACUGUCCCCAGCCUCCACAGAGGCAAGAGCAGCCAGCAGCAGCUCCUUCACAGCCUUUCCUGCUCCCAGAUCAGAAGGAAGUGACACAGCACAUCGAGGAUGAGAAAGAAGUCUCACUGGCCCCACCAACCUGUGGGAAAGUCAUGGACAUGAGAACAGAAGAGCAGAAAUCUCCAAAGGCUCUAGGUUGUGUCACGUCUCCUCAGCAGUGCCCCUUGGAGUAUGUCACCACAGAGAGCCUGUUAGUGCCAUCAGCCAGCAACUCCACCCCUCCACCACUUGUCACUGCUGGGGAGUUACCCGGUGACUCACAGGAGCCCCAGCCCUCCAGUGACCACUCUUGUCAUGAGUCUUCUCAGGGGAAAACUGGUGCCACGGCCCCAGUUUCAGGUCAAGCACCAACCUCGUCACCUGAAUUGCACCUGGAUACAUUUGGAGAGUAUCUUACUGUCCCUUUAGAUGUCCAUGGACAUUCAGAACCCACAAAGAUUCCUUUGCCCGUCUUACAGAAGGGAAAUGAUCUUCUUAGAAAGCAGCCUUUGUCAGAGGGUAACUUGGUGGUGUUAAACCCUGACAGCACUGAGCCAGUUUUCCUUUGUCAGAUUGGUGACUAUUGCUUCCACAAUGUAAAAUCCAGUGUGAAGACGGAUAUUAGUCAGGAAGACUAUCAAGUCAAGAAACCUUCUGAAGGCAAGACAACACCUGAUGAAGCCAUCACUGGCAAGGAAAAAGAUGUGUCAAAAAUGCAAGCUAUUAAGCUGUUCAAAAACCUGAAAUCAGAUGAUUACUUUUCCUGGCAGCAACCUUUGAGGGUCACAGAAAUCUGUUAAAUGGGCAAAUAUUAAUGAAUACUAAAGCUACAGAUAACUGAAAGAGGUUGCAACUAUCUGAUGAAAAUGAACUCUCAAACUUAAGAAUAAAUAAGCACCAGUUCCCUUUUCCAGCUUCCAGUCCAACAUAUUGAAAGACUUGAAGUAGCUCAAUAUCCUUCUCAGUGGCCUUCACAGAUUUAGCAUGAAAGACAAUCCAAAUAUUGCCCUAUUGGUGUUUUUCAAACUUUUUGGCUUGCUCACAAUGAACAGUUUAGCCUCCUCGUGAUGCUGCGACACAUCACAGUCAUCUCGCAAUAAUACCAGAUUGCCUGAGACAAAACUCAUAGAAGAAAAUGCAGACUUAACAGCUUGAAAUGCUAUCAGAAUAAGACAGGCUUGGGAACCUUUGAAAGAAAUCAUAUUUUCUUAAGAGCAAUUUUGUUGAACUUUCAUGUGUGUAUAAAAUAGAGCUAAGAGUCACCGAGGAGCUUUUGUAUCUCUACCUUUCCACUACUAGUACAAAAUACAUAAUGGGUAAGGUGAAAAAAAACCCAGAUAGUAAUAGAAGUGUAUUUUAAAAAUAAAAAAAUGAGAAAAAAAAAAAGUUGAAGUCACGAAACCCUUCUUAAUAUUAAGGUACAGUGUAUUACAGCAUAUUCUAAGGGUAAGAAGGAACGUUACUGGGAUACAUAAAGUAGGCUGCAGAGAACCGUGGCGAAGAAGAUACGUUACUGAAAUAAAACCCAAGGACUCGUAAGGUGCAGCGAGAGGAAGGGAGUGGGACAGGUAAGAGAAAAUGACAGCCAAGAAAUGUUGAGAAGGUGCACAAGCCUGUAUCUGCUGGAGUAUUUCUAUUUCUAAGUGUUAAAGUACUAUAUGAUUUUCUUUUAAGUUCUUUGGCUGUUUAUGCAUGAUAUAAUUAAUCUUAGCUAUGUCAUUUAUUCUUAGUGGCUUUUUUUUCUGAAUAAUAAACUGUGUUGAGAAAGAGGAGCCAUUUUUCCCUCCCAGUUCUGUUGUAAAGAAAAUGGUACAAGGUAAGAGCAUUUAUCCAGAGCUGCCACUCUGUGAUCAGUAAAAGGCUUUGGUUUCAGACUUGACUUGGCUUACACUGCAGAAUAAAAUGUUUCUUUUUUCAAAUGCAAAACUUGUACUAAUAAAAAAAUAUUCCUAUAAA